AUGACAUCUUCGUCUUCAUCAUCCCAUUUAAAGGGAUCCAGUUUUUUACGAUCGAUUUCGCCUCUACCGCUCUUUCUUGGCAGAGGAGCAGAAACCAGAAAUGAUUCCAAGAAGCUCACCUCCAAGGAGAAGAAGUAUGUAGGCAACAUUGAACGAGCCCUCGCGGCAUUUGAAUCUGUCGAUGAAUGGGCGGAUUACAUUUCCUUUCUGGGAAAAUUACAGAGGGCUUUACAAUCGAAUCCGGAUCCUCAUGCUAACAACUGGAUUCCUCACGAGUUCGACGUCUCAAAGACUUUGGCCCAAUGUAUAUCUCCCAAGUUGCCCAGUGGAGUUCACCUGAAAACGAUUGAGGUCUACCGGACGAUCUUUGAUAUUCUUGGUCAGGACCAAUUGAGUGUGCAGGUACAAUUGUGGAUCCCUGGCGUGUUGCCAUUGAUGUCGUAUGCAAGUAUCAGUGUGAAGCCGGAGUUAAUCGGACUCUACACUCAAUAUCUCACUAAUAUCGAUCCAAAGUUUCUUAGGACCAUCUUCAAACCACUUCUGUUGAGUCUCUUACCUGCCUUGGAUGACACCACAUCAGAAUUCUUUGAUUCUGUGCUAACUUUGAUUGAUUCUUUCAGGACGAAAGUUCAUGAUGAUAUUCAUUUCUGGCAGUGCAUCUUCUUAUGCAUCAUUACAUCACCUGAUAAACGUACUGGUGCCAUGGAAUUUUGCUUCAAGCGAUUGCCAGACUUUAAUACUGCAAAUGAUUGCAAGGAUAGAGAAGAAACUCUUAAGCAACUCUCACAAGAGGCCAGAGAUUGCGUUAUGCCCGAGUCUGGUUUGCUUAUUAGGGCCUUUUGUCAAGGUCUAAGGGACGAUAACUUGUUUGUUCAGAGGGGUUUCUUUGAUUUAUUGCUUUCAAAACUUCAGUUGAGAUCUUCCACCUUGCAAUGUUUGGCGAACGAGGAAGACAUAGAACUCCUCAUACUUAGUGCUUCUGAAACUGUGCUCAGAAGAGAUAUGUCUUUGAAUAGACGGCUUUGGAACUGGAUUCUAGGCCCUGAAAAUGCUGCCACGACACUUACGACCCCCGUUACUGUUGAAUCCUCCGCUACAACUGUCACUUCGAUGUCCCAGUAUUUCGAUAAAUACGGCUUCAAGUAUUUUUCCAGAGCUAUUUUUUCUUUGAUCAAUGGAACUGCCACUAGUGAGCCUGUAUACAAGCAGAACAUUAAGGUAUGUAGAAUUGCCGUUGCCGUUAUGGAUAGAUGGGAGAUAGGCCAAUUGAUAGUUCCUAAAAUUUUGGUUCCUAUUGUCAAAGCGGCCAAGCUAGUGCUCGAUACACGUCCUUUAAAAGAGUUUGACGAACUUUUGAAAUCUGCCAAUGUUUUCUUUGAUGGUAUUGAGACCAUCUCAAUCUGGUCCGACGUCUACAGACUUGUCAAAAAUGGUGAUGUGGAUCUAGUCAUGUUUAUAUUGAAGAACUUUCACAUUGAGGAUGAGGAUAUGAUUGUUACUCAUAUACCUCUUCUUGGCUUGGCUAUUAUGUGUCUUUAUCCUCAGGAGGAAAAUAAACAAUGGCUUGAAUUGUUGAAGAAUACGCUGGAAUUUAUCCCUCAGAGAGCUCUACUUCCUCUAGAUCAUUCUGAUCGUAAGUAUUUGGAUGAUACCAGUCGUUAUAAUGAUCCUUCACUGGCAGAUGACAUUUUGCAUCAUCUUGAUAAAUAUUAUUCCCGUGCGAAUAGUAGUGAGGAGGUUGACAAUGAGAGCGAUAGUACUCCAGAAAGACCGUUCAACGCAGCCGAUCUUAGUGCUCUUUACCUAGGUUUAAUUGGCAAUAUCACUUGCAGGCUUCUUCGGCAGAAGAGAGCCAAUGAUUUCUAUAACUUUUGCGAAUUAUUAGGACAAUUAUUAGAAACGAUUCCUUCCGGAGAGCUAAUCUGGCAAAAUCCAACUUUACUUAAUGCUCUUCAACGCAUUGAUCCGAAAUCCCUUCUCGAUAGUGAAAUACCGAUAGCAUUUGGUGCUGCCAUUAUGUUCAAACAUAUUGCUCGCGGGCUAUCCAAGUUGGAAAUGAGUCGUCUACUUAAGGUUGUAAUCGGCCUUUUGUGGAAAUGCUUGAUUCAUCCUAGCGGUCGGUAUCAGGUGGAAGCGGUUAGAAAGCUUUGGGAUUUGGAGAUUAGCGUGGAUCCUCAUUAUAUUGAGGCGGGAAUCUCGAGUCUCUUUUUGCUGUCUGACGAAUCCACGAGAAUUAGGGCAUUCAAUAUCUUGUGGACGCAAUCCGCCUCGUUUAAUGAGACCGAUUCGAUCCUAUCAAGACCACUCUACAUUAUAUUGGAUGGUCUUAACUCUGAUAACAAUGUUUUCAGUGUACUCAUUGCCAAAUGGCUUCAGAACACUUUGAUUUCGGGUACCCUCAACCGAAUAUUUAAGAUUUGCUGCUCUGGAUUGUUGUCCCAUCAUGAAUUCAUUUUCAGCAGUAAAUUUGCCAACAAUGAAAACGAUGACUUUGCUCUUUUCGCUUACGAGCUCACGAUUCUUUACAAGCUUCUAACAAUACUUCCCCAUGAGAUUUUACCUGUGUUCAACUCGGAACUAUGUGUUAUUGAUAACGAUUCCGAGAUGGGGAUUAUUAGUGCUAAUGAAUGGAACAUAUCCACCUAUAAGUCUCUUGCACUGGCUAUUUUGAAGCAGUUCAUAUCGAUAGAUCCACCAAAAGGGGUAGAGGAAUUCCAGUUGUUCUGUUCUUGCGUCAAACUUUCUUUGGAUUUAAUGGGUUUGUUAAUGGAUGGAAGUGAGCAAGAUUUCGAUGCUACCCUCUCCAUGUUGACCGAGGUGUGUCAGAGGAAAAUCCCUGGAGAUGAGGACCACUUGCUUGGAGCGUGCUAUUUGAGUACUAUUGUUAGGCUGAUGAAGAUAUCCAGCAAAAAUCAGCUGAAGGUGGCACUUUUCGAGAUCCCCAAAGGGUCCAAAAAGUCAUCAAGGUUCUUGGAAUUUGUGUCCAGCGGUAUCACCAAUUCUGUGACAUCCAUGGAAUUCCACUCGUGGAUGGUCUUGAUUCAGGAAACUUCACAAUACUACUCGGAACUAGUUUUUGGAAUCACCACUGGUCUAACAGAAUGUAUUUGCAACAAAAUGGAAGAGCUGUUUGCUUUGAAUAAGAGAUAUUUUACUGAUUUAGGCGAGGAUACGGUUACGGAUGUUGAUGAUUCAAUAUGUGAACUUAUCGGUGGUCUUCAGAGCCUACUAAUAAGGUCACACAAGUAUCUUAGCUACUUGCUUUCCGGCAGUUUGGCCUAUGGCAACACAGAUUCCUCAGAUAAUAGUGGCAGCCAAGUACCAGGCUUUUUUGGCUCGAUGAUUCAAGGUGUGUUCCAGGUGGAAGCACCCACAGAUAAAGGUGAAAUACAUAGGAGAAAGAUUCUUCUUUUGAAGGCACUCAAAAAAUCCGUUGUGACUGUGUAUGGGGUUUGGCUUUGGUCUGACGAGAACUCCAAAGUUAGGGCUGAGAUAACCAAUAGUGCGAACGAAGCGAUGGCUCCAGGGCUAGCAACCGGAGAGAUGCUAGACAACGAGAAGCCACCAUUUUUAAGCUUCACACGUUCUGUAAAGUACAACGCAUCGAAGCUAAAGUUCCGGUCUAAAAAGCUUCUUGAGUGCGUGUAUUCUAUUGAACCAAUGGAAACUCUAGAGACGUUGAUUCGAUGCUACGUAGCCAGAAAGGGUGGAAAGGAUCGCUAUUCUGCCUUCAAAAUUAUACAUAUAUUGGAUGGUUCCAAGCUGCAGACGACUCUGCAUUAUAUGAUCAAUUCCCUUGUUUCUCGAGUUAGCAUCACCAGCUUGGAGCCAGAAAAAAGGUCUCUGCUGUUGACAAAUCUCUCGGCCAGUAAUAUCUCUCAUUUUCUUGUUGAAUACGUCAAGACUUUGAGCAGUGAUGCGAUGGAGGAUUCUUGGGAAGAUCUUUUGCGUCUUAUGAAGGAAGCCUCUAGUGGCUCCAGUAGCUACAGAAUGAUCUAUCCGGACAUUUUAGAGUUUGCUGCGCUCGUUGGCAGUAGGCUGUCGCAGACGAAUUUUGGGGACCAGAAGAAGGUUAAACGGGAAAUUGUUGAUUCUUUUACAAAGAUAUUGAAUAUUGCAUUGAGUGCGAAGUUCCUACAACAGUACGAUGAUGGUAUCAAUUCCACAAGUUCUGUCGACUUGUUGACUGCAGUUGGCCUAAAGGAAGGAGAAUCGGGGCAAUUAGAGUCCGAGCCCAGCGUCAAGUUACGCUCAGGGAAGAUUGUGGUUAGAGAUGAUCUCUCUUAUGCAUUGGUGGUGGCCAUCCCAUUGAUACCAAUCAUUGUGAAUGAUGUAGAUAAACGAACCACUUGUUUUACAUCGAUCGCCAACAGUGUAGCUAUUCCUCUUGCCAAGCAUAGCAUCUCCGAGUUGACCUCACCUGCGGUUAUCGCACUAUUCAAAGUCAUGGGAGAAGUGAAAGAGAUGAGCAGCUUGAGGAUCUGGAAGAACCUUUGCUAUGACAUAUUAAAUGACAGCGAUUUCUUCUCAUUGGACGUUAGAAAUCACAAGGAAUGGAACGGUAUAUUUAAAUCUUGGAUUACUCAUGAGCCAGAGAAGUUGGGAGAACUUAUCAUGAAACUGUCUGCUUAUCUGGGAACAAAUGCCGCCGCUAACAUAUUCAACUGGAGUGAUUCUGAAUCCAAUGCAGGAGCCAAUGACUUGAAGCGGAUAGCAUACCUAAUUAUGGUUUGUCCGAAAGAUGAGUUCAUCAACUCUGACCCGGCACUUCAGGAGAGGUUAAUUGAGCUUUUCGCAUCGUCUAACAACACUUCAUUGAAGCCUUAUAUCUUUUUGGUGAUUAGAAUGAUGAUUGUUAAGUUUUCGCAGAUCCAUCUCUCGACUUUCUGGCCCACCAUCUAUACAGAAUUGGAACGGGUGUUUCAUAACUUGUUGGAAAAGUUGUUGGAGUUGAAAUUUGACGAUGAUGUUUUAGGAAUUGACCAUUCUAAGAUUGAUUUGUCUGUAUUUGACAACAAUUUGAUUCUUCAAGCUUGUAAAUUGUUGGACUACUUGCUUGUUCUGGGUCUCGAAGAGUUUCAAUUGAGUGAAUGGCUCUUUGUUAAUGAUAAUUCAGAUGUGGCUUACGGUAGAGAAGACGGCUGUUCUGCCAUAUUGUCCCUUAUCGAUAGAAUUUCGUCGAUGAAGAAUUUGAAAAUGGUGGAAAUGAAGAGUAGCAUCAGCAUCACAUCAUCGGUGCUUGAUUCGAAGACUAAGAGACCGUUACUCUAUAUGGUAAAACAGGUGAGCCGAAUAUUUGAGUUGAAGCCAUUCUUUGACAAGCUUUCUGUUUACAAGUACGAGAGUGAUUCUGAGAUGAAGCAAGUUGAUUGGGCAGCGAUAGAAGAGGACCUACUGACAGAUAUAUUUGACUAA